AUGACAAUCACCAUCCGGCCUGUAACGCCUGCAGAUCGCCCACAGCUCAGACACAUCUGUCUUCUCACUUGUGACGCAGGGCAAUCUGGUGAAGACAAGCAUAACUACCCCGAUCUGCCCGGGCAUAUCUACGCCGAGCCGUACGCGACACCGGAAUUAGGGCAUACUUGGGGCUUUGUCCUCGUUGAUGAUGAACGCGAAAGCGGCAAGGAGGUUGUAGGUUAUGUCAUUGGCGCAUCGGACACUCGCAAGUGGGAGGCAGACGCUGCCGAAAAGUGGUGGCCCACGCUCCAAGCCUCGGAGACGUACAAGCCCCUUGUCUCCUCGGGUGCAGACUCUGUUGCAGACGGCCCUCUGAUACAGCCGACAGAAGAUGAUCUAAAGUACAUCAAGACCCUCAAGGCAUUUCCCCCCGCAGACGAAGCCCAGAUAAAAUACUCCCCUGCUCACAUGCAUAUCGACCUCAUACCCGACUAUCAAUCGCAAGGAUACGGACAGGAUCUUGUCAACGCCGCGGUCACCCACUUGAAGGAUGUGUCCGCGGGCCAGGGAAAGCUCAACAGCGUGUGGCUUGGAAUGGACCCGCGAAACACGAAGGCGAGGGGUUUCUAUCUGAAGAUAGGGUACAAACCUGUUGAUCAAGCUGCUGAAACUGUUCUCGGCCUCAACUUCAAGGAGUGGUUUGAGCUGUAUGAUGCAGGCCGGCAGGCCAAGAAGUAUGAAGAAAUUAGGAGGGCAGCAGCGGAGCGAAGAAAGGGAGGAACGUAAUUGACAAGCAAAGUAAACUUGGGAUAUAUGUUUGUGGGCUGUUCCUCUCACUCGGGUAGACGAAUGUGAAUGUUAUCGGCUCUCACUCUAAACAUUGGUAAUUUCAAGACAACCGUAACUCAGGCAGAAUGCUACAAAUCCGACAUGGAGCAGCAAGCACUUAUCUGUUACAAAGCCAUUCUAAGGGUAUCAUCUCGACGCGGAAAUCGCCCCUUAAAAUCUACUGUCGUCACGAACCAGGAGUAAAAAAUGGUGUAAGUACGAACUCACAGUUCGUGGAUGGUGUCAUCUACUCGAGGGGUGAGCAAGUAGCCAACAAGUAACUUCUAGCUCCUGUUGGGUGGGUUUGGCGCUUAACGGAACGAAACACUCAUGGCGAUGAUCAACACUCCAGUAAUGCAUACCACCCUCACCCAGGCAAGACCCCUAUGAUGCCUCCUCUGGGAACUGUGUUUCAGUACCCCUUCGCCGCGGAAGUAAACUGAGGAGUGCUUCUGAAAGCCUCUGCCAGUUGUCUUAAGGAGGCACAAUGGGUCUUCGUAUAAAAAGAGCCCCCUCCCCCGCCAAUUGCCUCACAAAUUCUUUUCACCAAGUCCUCUCAAAUAACCACCAUCAACGACCCAACGUAUAUCCCCAUACCUCAGUCAACGCUGCGCGUUGCCUCAGUAAUAUUCAUCACCAACACCACAUUGUUCUAAUCCUAUACACUUCGAGUCUCCACGGAUAAGACUCUCAACC